CUAGUCUUCGAAAAAUUGAAUCAGUUAAACUUUUUCAGCACCAAAAUUGGUCUUUAAUCAAUACUUAGUAGUAUGAAGAAAUGAAAUAAUACUACAUCGAACUUGCAAAAGAAGUUUGCGUUACUCUUUUCAUUCAACCUAGCAGCCGCCAUUGUAACUGAAGCUUGCUCACUGGAAAAACAAUGGCUGCUAUAAAAUCUGCUUCCUCUGGAUUGGUACUGCCACGUCCGGUUACUUUUGUCACCGGAAAUGCGAAAAAGCUUGAAGAAGUUCGCGCUAUCUUGGGACAGUCCAUUCCUUUUCAAUCCCUUAAACUUGACUUGCCUGAGUUGCAAGGAGAGCCUGAAGAUAUCUCCAAAGAAAAGGCACGUUUGGCUGCUAUUCAGGUUAAAGGACCUGUUUUGGUUGAAGACACUUGCCUCUGUUUCAACGCCUUGAAGGGUCUUCCAGGGCCUUAUAUCAAAUGGUUUCUCCAGAAGAUUGGUCAUGAAGGUCUCAACAAUCUGUUGAUGGCAUAUGAUGAUAAAUCAGCUUAUGCAUUAUGUGUAUUUUCCUUUGCAGUCGGUCCAAACAGUGAACCUAUCACAUUUUCAGGAAAAACACUGGGGAAGAUUGUUCCUCCAAGAGGACCCAAUGAUUUUGGAUGGGAUCCCAUUUUUCAACCUGAUGGCUAUGACGAAACUUAUGCAGAGAUGUCCAAAGAAGAAAAGAACAAAAUUUCUCACCGCUUCAAAUCUCUGGCACUGGUGAAAUCACAUUUUGCUGAAGCUGGAUAUACCUUUCAGACCUAAAAUGGUAGAGAGAGACUAUAAGUCAGAAGUUCUAUACUAGAUAACAAAUUUAAGCUUGGUUAGAAAUGAAUUUGCUCCAACACAUUUAAAUGCAUUGGUUAGAAAUGAAUUUGCUCCAACACAUUUAAAUGCAUUGUUGAUAAAUAUAAUUUGGUUGAAUGGUAUUAUUGAAAGUACUUUUUGUUGGA